CGCACCUUUUUUCCACAUCUCUCUCUUUCUUCCAAUCAAAUCAUAGGCAAAAGAAGUGUGACUCUCUUUCUCUCUCUCUUAGGGUUUAUUUUGGAACAACCAGUGAGAGUUCAUUUCAAUGAAGAAUCUGUAGAUGGACUUCAAUGUCAGGUCCUCCCUGCUAGAUCCGUCUGUCACUAUCUGUGUUUCAUCUGUGCAUUCUAAGUUGGUGGAGAUAUGAGGUGCUUUUAGUACAUGUGUACAUGUAUGCAAUGAAAUUCUGACAAGAUUUUCUUCAAUUGGGUCUUGGGAAUGUCACAGCAGAGACUAAAAUGAGCCAGACUGAAGUAUCGGGAAUGAAAGCUACUCUUGUUCCACUUGCGACUCUGAUCGGUCGUGAGCUUAGGAGUGAGAAGGUUGAGAAACCUUAUUUGAAGUAUGGGCAGGCUGCUGUGGCAAAGAAAGGAGAGGAUUGCUUUCUUAUAAAAACAGACUGCCAGAGGACUCAUUCGAAUCCGUCAACAUCAUUCUCUGUCUUCGCGAUAUUUGACGGGCAUAAUGGUAUAUCAGCUGCUAUUUUUGCAAAGGAGAAUUUAUUGGCUAAUGUUUUGAGUGCCAUUCCUCAAGGAAUCAGUAGGGAUGAAUGGCUUCAUGCCCUUCCUCGGGCGCUGGUUGCAGGUUUUGUGAAAACUGAUAUAGAAUUUCAGCAGAAAGGGGAAACUUCUGGUACAACUGUGACAUUUGUUGUGAUUGACGGUUGGACUGUGACUGUCGCAUCUGUUGGAGAUUCUAGAUGCAUAUUGGACACCCAGGGUGGCGUUGUUUCACUCUUGACUGUUGAUCACAGGCUGGAAGAAAAUGAAGAAGAGAGGGCACGUGUCACUGCCAGUGGUGGUGAAGUAGGGAGGCUCAAUGUUUUCGGGGGCAGUGAGGUUGGUCCCCUCCGCUGCUGGCCUGGUGGAUUAUGCCUUUCUAGGUCAAUUGGUGACACAGAUGUGGGAGAAUUCAUUGUUCCAAUACCCCAUGUCAAGCAAGUGAAGCUUUCAAAUGCUGGUGGAAGACUUAUAAUAGCUUCUGAUGGCAUCUGGGAUGCUUUGUCUUCUGAUUUGGCUGCCAAGUCUUGUCGGGGAUUGCCUGCAGAGCUUGCUGCAAAGCUGGUUGUUAAGGAGGCUCUGAGGUCAAGGGGUCUCAAGGAUGAUACAACCUGCCUAGUUGUUGACAUAAUCCCUUCAGACCACCCUGUCUUGCCUCCAACGCCAAUGAAGAAACAAAACAUCCUUGCUUCGCUUAUCUUUGGGAAGAAAACUCGGAAUUCUGUGAACAAAAGAAAUAAGCUUUCUUCUGUUGGAGUUGUGGAGGAGUUGUUUGAAGAAGGUUCAGCAAUGCUCGCUGAAAGGUUGGGUAAGGAUUCUACUCUGGAUGCAAAUUCUGGUCUUUUCCGAUGUGCAGUCUGCCAAGUGGAUCAGCCUCCAGUAGAAGGUUUAUCAGUAAAUUCUGGGCCUUUUUUCUCUCCAGCAUCAAAGCCAUGGGAAGGUCUCUUUCUUUGUGCCAAGUGUCGGAACAAGAAAGACGCCAUGGAAGGAAGAAGACUGAGCACGCCCACAGUGAUCUUGUGGUGACUAUUAUAGAUGUGUGUAAGAAAUGAAGUUGAGGUAUGCAGAGUAAGUAGGUGUUUUGCAGUUUCAAAAGUUUGUGUCGGUUCUGGUUUGUGCUCAGCUGUUGGACUGACUGACUGACUGAGGGCAGAGGUGUUAUCAUCACUAACAGCUUUAAUUUGUAAGUAAAUCGAAGGUUUGCGUAAUACUUUUGGUGUAGCUGUUCACUUGAGUUCAGUUUUAAAUUAGCAACAGCACGCGAUCUAACUCUAACUCAUUGGUGUUCGCUCUAUUUUAUUUUGUUAGAAUAAUUGAAUAUAUAAUCUAUUUAUUUUGCGAUUGUCUACGAAA